GACGACACAACGCGAGAAAGCGACAGCUAGAUCGCAUUAGGGUUUUGCAUCUUCACUCCACACCUCUCUCUCCCCCCGCAAAUCAUGGCGUCGCAAUUGCACGCAGCCACGCCGCAAUCCAACCGGAAACUCGACGUUUCACCCGACGAAUCCGAGGAAUCCGCAUUCAUCCGGCGCCGCUGCUGCUGGCCGUGGAAAUUCCGCAGCUCCAGCGCGCCGAAGCCGAAUGAUUGGGAGCGAAUCUCGACGUCUGAUCGGAGCGAUCGGAGGUGGUGGAGCGGCGGAGUGGAGGCGUUUAUGAAGGUGAGGGAAUGGUCGGAGCUGGUGGCGGGGCCGAAGUGGAAGACGUUCAUCCGGCGGUUCAAUCGAGCGCCGGCGCGGGCGAAAUUCAACUACGAUCCGUGCAGCUACGCUCUGAAUUUCGACCAAGGAGAGGGGCAGAACGGCGAAUUCGACGACGGCGGUGUUUUCCGGGACUUUCCGUCGCGGUAUGCGGCGGUUCCGGCGCAGGGUAGCUUGUUGAAGGACGGUCGCUAAUGUGCGCCGCUGGGAGUGUGAUCGGCGCUGACGUGGCAUCCUGGGUUUACCGGUUUAAUUACUCGGAAUCUUGUAGAUAUCACAUACGUUGAAAGAUUUUAUCAAUUUUA